CGUGGCUACUCAUUUCCUGCUGCGGACUGUUUAAUCAAAGAUACAUUUUGGUUGUAGGACAGCGGUAUGUUAUUUUGGUGUUUGACUCGCCUGCUGACCAAUGUCGGUCGGCAGGCUGGGUCUGGAUUUUGCAGAACCCAGUAUCUCCGAAACCUGUCGAGCUCCCAGAGGCGCCGAGGAGUCUGUCAGAAGGCUACGGUCUUAACACCACAGCCUUGGACCCAGCACGCAAGGUCAUCUGGACUCGGUGACAGUCUUGGUUUGAAAUUGCUCGGUUUUUUGGCUUUUUCAUUUUUCACUAAAUCCGCAGAGCUGGAGGAAGAGGAGAAGAAGGAUAAAGAAGAUGACAUUAUUCUGCUUCUUAAGAGAGCAAAGCUGAGUGUCAUGAGGGGGGAGCUGGUGGCAGCAGACCAGAUUCUGCACCAGGCCAUCCGACUGGCCCACCAGUCCCACAACACACAGGCUAUCAUAUACACCUACGACAUGAUGGCCAACGUAGCUUUCCUUCGAGGGCAGCUUUCCAAUGCUGAGAAACUGUUUAAAGCAUCCAUGAGUUUUCUUCUAGCACAUGGCGCAAAAGAGGAUGACAAUGCCGUGAUUGAGAUGUCUCUCAAAUUGGCCAGCAUAUAUGCUGCUCAGAACCAACACCAGCUCGCUAUCCACGGGUUUCAGUUCUGCACUGAAACGCUAGAAGAAAAGAUACAGAAACAGAAGGACCUUCCUGAGGAGGCUAUGUCAGCAGAGGAGAGGGCGAACACACAGCUCCUGCUGGGCUUGUGUCUGGACUCGUACGCUCGGUAUCUCCUGACCAACCGGCAGCUGGAUCAGGCUCUCUCCUCCUAUCAGAGAGCGCUGCAGAUCUCCAGAGAGGUGCAGGGGGAUAGCCACCCCCAGACCAUUGUGCUCAUGAAUGACAUGGCAACAGUGCUGGACAUGCAGGGUCACUAUGACAACGCGUACGGCCAUGUGAAGAGGGCUCUGGAACUGGCAAGGGAGACUGACCACCCGGACCAGCAUACAAUUCUCUGCAACUUUGCAGGGAUUCUAAUGCACCAAGGGCACCUGGACGAGGCUGGACGCCUGUACAAGGAGGCCCUGAAGCUGGCCGAGUCAAAAGGAGAUGGGGAGGUGGUGGAGCAGAUCAAGAAGGGCCUGCAGGAGCUGAGCAAGACGACAAGCAGGGCAUCAUGAGGCACAGGGAGAGGCAGAGACCAGAGUGUCCGGGACACACACAGGGAGGGUACGUUACGGACUGGGUCCGCCAGGCAUUGGUCCUCAUAGGGGUAGGGGUGGAUAAGGCUUACCAAGUUUCAUAUGGAACAUGAGUUAACAGGGUGCUUGCAUUAUAUUUACAUUUUCUGUGGUCUGUUUAAUUGAUCUAACAACAAUAUCUGGGACCAGAUGUUUUGAAUUGUUAUUUUUCCUGCACCUCUAUACCCAACUACGGGCAACCUGCAGUAGAUUUACAUCCUGCAUGAAUGGACACAUUUACUGUAAGGCAACAUCAUUUAAAAAAAUAGUGUAUAGUGUAAUAAUGAAAUCCAGAUAAAGGGAAUUAAAACAGGUAACCUUUUUUGUUAAAAAAAUAAAUAAUAAAAACUACAGCAAGUUGUAUUGAAUUUUUUUUAUGUCAUUUCAGCUAGUGAAGUAAAAGUGGUGGUUAAACUGAUCAGUCCAGGUUUUUUAUACAAAUAUUAAAAUAUUGGAAUAAUUUACAGUAAGAAGCACUUGAAAUGAUAGUAUGUAUCAUCAAAAUGUAAGGGAUCACUAAUAUCUGUAAACACACAUGAAAACAA